GUGAAGCAUAUAAUGUAAAAUUAUUUUUAUGACGAACGAUUAUUUUCCAUUGCAGACAUUGUUUAGAGAAAAUGGAGAAGGAUACGAGAAAAAAGGUAACGGUACAGAACAUAAAUGGAUUUCUAAUAUCACCUCGGUUUCGAGUAGAAAAUUUGCAACGAACCAUCGACUUCAAACCCAGAGACGACGACAUUUUCGUGGCGGGAUAUCCUAAAUCGGGCACCACUUGGACGCAGUAUAUCGUCUGGUCCAUCGUCAACAAAGGCGCUGCCUUACCCGACGUCAACCGGAUGUGGCUACGGGAAGUCCCUCAUUUGGAGAUGACCGGUGUAGAAGGAAUAGAAAACUCGAGAAGCCCUCGUCUGCUCAAAGUCAACUUGCCCUUUAACCUCACACCGUACAAUCCCUCUUCGAAAUAUAUUUACGUAUAUCGCAAUCCCUGGGACUCGUGCGUGUCCGCAUUUAACAUGUUCAAACAGGUAGACGAAAAUUUUUCCGACGGGACAUUCGCGGAUUACUUCGAGUGUUUCAUCCGAGGCGAAGUGUCGCACGGAGAUUAUUUCGAUCAUUUGUUAUCGUGGUACGCCCGUUGGAACGACCCCAAUUUCCUGUUUAUGACUUACGAAGAAAUGAAUAGAAACACUGGGGAGGUGGUUCUGAAGAUGGCGCAAUUUCUAGGCCAAGAAUAUCACGAAAUGUUGACGAACAACCGAGAAAUAUUUGAGAGUAUUCUCGGAAGAAUCCAAUUUGACCAAAUGAAACAAAAUUUACCUUUGAAAUUGUCAAAUUCAUCGUACGCUGACGAAAAAAGCUUGAAGAAAAUCGACUUUUUUCACUCGGGAAAGAUAGGUCAGUGGGAUGAUUAUUUUACGGAAGACCAAAAGAAGAGAUUAAGAGAAAAAUUUAUAGACAAAUUGAGUGAAACAAAAAUGUUAUCGCUGUGGAAAGUUUCCGACAUAUUUCUUGAAUGAAAUUAUAACUUCUAAUUAUGCUUUAGUCGAUAACUAAGAGGCGAUUAGUUAACUUGUACACGGAACGUCUUUUGUAUUGUUUAAUGCAAUAAAUAUUUUG